AUGGAUUUUGAUGUCCUUCAGAAGGCGUGUGUUCCGUCGAAGUUUCAUCAAAAUCAUGAAAUCUUAAAGAGCGAGACUUCAGUGAAAGAUGCUAUUUACGAUACUCGUCAUUCUAUCAUCAACAGUUUUUUCUUACUGUACAAACUAAGACCAUCAAGACCACCUGGCUUCCCUCCUGGUCCUGCAACCCUCCCAUUUAUUGGUAACCUUCACAAUUUAGGCACUAAACUGCAUCUUCGUCUCGAUCAUCUGAGAGCCAUAUAUGGUCCUGUUUUCAGCAUUUAUCUGGGUCGAACUCCCAUUGUCGUAAUAAAUAGUGUCACUGCAGCCAGAGAGGCACUUCUCGGACAGCGGGAUACUUUCUCCGGUCGACCAUACCCCGAGGAAUUGCCUUAUGGCUGUCAGUUGGUUGGAAAUGGUGGCAAGAAUGUUGGUUUUGGUGAUUUCACAGCGAAAUGGAAACUGCAGAGAAAAAUUGCCGAGUCAGCUUUCAAGGAAUUUUUAACAAAACAAUGGAGGAUCUUACACGUUGAAGUCGAGAAACUUCUCGCGAGACUACGUCCUCGCGUGGGAGAGCCUCUUGACCUUGCUCCUGAGUUUGAUUUGGCCAUAUUAAAUAUCAUUUGCUCUUUAUUGUUUGGCGUUCAUUAUGAUCACAACGAUGAAGAGUUUCGACGGAUUGUGUAUUUUAACACCUGUUUUACAGAAGGUUUAAAACCUGGUCAGCUCGUCGAUGUGUUUCCCUGGCUUGCCAACUUCCCGUUACCAGGCCUUGAGAAACUACGAGACGCGGUUGCAAUCCGUGACGAAAUAUUGCAUGCAAAGUACACUGAACACAAGAAGAAUUUCGACAGGCAUAACAUCCGGGAUUUGACUGAUGCGAUCUUGAAAGCAAAAGAGGAAUUCGUUGACUGCGAAGACGAAACCUUUCUGACUGAAGAUCAUUUAAUUGCCAUACUGGCGGAUACUUUCAUAGCCGGAUUUAAGACAACUGCUACUAGCCUUAGAUGGUUAUUUGUUUACAUUCUCAAUAAUCCGGCCGUACAACAACGCAUCCACAAGGAACUUUCUUCCAACUCGAAACCUCCUACAUUAAAAGAAAAGCCAGGACUCCCAUAUCUUCAAGCUGCUUUAACUGAAACAUUAAGAUGCGCCAGUCCCGUUCCAAUUCCCAUACCUCAUAGGGUAACAGUGGACACACGGCUUUGUGGAUAUAAUAUCCCCAAGGAUACCACUGUGUUCCUAAAUCUCUGGGGUAUCAACCACGAUCCACAUUGGUGGCAAGAAGCAAGUGAAUUUAAUCCAGGGCGGUUUUUUAACGCGCAAGGGAUCUACGUGGCACCGUCUACUCUCAGAUCUAGCUACAUUCCUUUUUCUACGGGACGGAGAGUGUGUCCUGGGGAGAGUCUUUCAAAUGCCAUACAGUUCUUGUUUGCUAGCAGUCUCUUGCACGAGUUUGUUUUUGAAAUUCCACAAGGAAAUGAUGCUCCAGACACAGAAGAACUGACAACGGCGGUCUUGGAGCCCAAACCUUUUAACGUCGUUCUGAAAAGACGAUAAUUAUUUUAUUUUUUCUCCCAUUUUGUAAAGGUUCCCGCCUAGUUUAAAAUAAAAUGUGUUCAGUUCA